AUUAUGUACCACAAGGGAGCAAUCGAGAGCAGCCUACUUCAGGCAUAUAUAUCCGCGCUCCUGUUCAGUCUAGCAUGCAGCUUAAUUAGACUCUUUUUCAGCCGAGAAGUGCCUAAUUGGGUGACAAUUAAGCCGGCUAUACAGGACGGAUGGAGUACUUGCCUACAGACGCUAGAUGGCCUUCUCCCACGGCUCGGCCGGCUCGCGUCCGCAUCGAGUGACCAUACGAUCAAGGUCUGGGACGCCAGCAGCGGUGAGUGUCUCCAGACGCUCGAGGGCCAUAGCAGUUGGGUCAAGUCGAUGGUCUUCUCCCACGACUCGGCCUGGCUCGCGUCCGCGUCGCACAAUUAUACGGUCAAGGUCUGGGACGCCAGCAGCGGCUCAUGC